CCCUACUUAGUGCUAGAACCACUGCGUUUUCUUCCGUACCAUCUGCAACUACCAUUUACCAUCUGUCGCAACUGCAGCUACCAUCUAUUCGCUUUACGCUAGAAUCAUACCAUCAGAAGCGCAAUACUCGCCUGCAGCUACGAGCCAGCGUCACAAUGAUAAAGCGUCGCGACUAUCGCAUGCUGCAUGCCGAAGAUGGCCCCCGCGGCUGCCUCCAGCGACGAAUCGAGUUCGUCGAGCGACGACGACGGCGCCGCGUCGUCAGAGGAAGAGGAGGUGCACGAAGGGGGGAGUGGGGAGAGUGAGGGGGGAGAGAGGGAGGGGGAAGGUGAUGAGAGUGGAGCGAGUGAGAGUGACACAGACGAAGAGGAGGAGGAGGAGGAGGAGGAGGGAGGAGCAGGGGGGGUGUCUUCUCAGUGGGAGGAGCUGGUGUCAGAGGAGGAGAGGGAGAGAGAGGAGGAGAGGAGGAGGAAGAAGAGGAGGAAGAAGGGGGGGAAGACUGGGAGUAGUGAGAGUGAUGGCAGCACCACUGACGAGAGCAGCGAGGGGGAGGAGGGAGAAGAGGACGGGGAGGGGGAUGAGGAAGAAGAGGGAGUGGUGGAGGGAGAGAAAGACGGGGAGGGAGGGGGGGAGGGGGAAAAGCGGAAGAGGAAAGCAAAGGCGAAGGAGAGGAGGGGCAGGGAGAAAAGAAAUGCAUUUAAAGACUUGGAUUUUGGGGCAGAGGGGGAGAUGGUGAUAAGAGUGGUGGGGCAGGGAGGGGGGGGAGGGGGCGGUGUGCUGCGGUGCAGAGUGUGCCCUCGGGUGCUCUGUGUGAACAGUGACAACAUGAAGAAACACCUGGCGUCCAAGAAACACGUGGCAGCAGCGGUGCGGCACGAGAGGGGCGAGUCUAAGGUGAUGGUGAACAGCGAUGGGGAGGUGGAGGCGAUAGGAGAGACCCAUGCAGAGAGAUUCGAACGCACCAAAGCUGCUGCCGCCGCUGCUGCUGCCGAUGCUGCUGCUGCUGCGGCGGCUGCCGCUACAAGUCCUGGUGCUGCUCCUACUGCGGGUGCUGCAGGGAGCAUCAAGAAGCAGAAGGGAGAUGGCGGAAGGCAGAGGCAGCAGCGCCGCAAGCAAUUACAGCAGCAGAAGAAGAUGACUGCACAAGGUGCUUCCACAGGUGAUGUACCUGGCACGUCUGCUCCUGCUGCUGCUGCUGCUGCUGCUGCUGCUGCUGCUGCUGCUGCUGCUGGUGUGGCUGGGACCCCUGCUGCAGCUGCUAGUCUAAGAAAGCCUAAGAAGGAUUGUGCCGCCAAAGCAGCACCGUCACAUGAACGAGGUGGAGCUGCCAAGGGGAGUGGCGGUGCUGCUGCUGCUGGGCCUGGGGUGGGUCUGACCCCUGCUGCAGCUGCUAGGUUGAGAAAGCCCAAAAAAGACGGUGCUACCAAGGCAGCACUUUCAAGUGAAGGAGGUGGUGCGAAGGGGAGUGGUGGUGCUGGUGACAAGCAGCAGAGAGGGAAGGAGCAGAAGGAUUCGAUUCAGGGAUUGGGGCAGGGAAGAGUGGUUGCAGGGUCAACAACACCCACAGGGAAGCAGAAGCUACGAAGAGAAGGUGGCCGGGGGGGGAAGAAAAAGGGGGGAAAAGGCAAGGCGGAAACAAAGUAUGGGGAGCUGAAAAAUGGGCAAGAGUAGUAGGGAGUGCGUAGAUGUUGGGCAGGUGAAUGCCACCAGCAUGGAAUAUGCUCUAACGUACAUUGUGAAUAAUCUACCAUUAUUGUU